CAGCAGGUAGAGAGGAAGAAGAAGACACACAAUAACAACGCAAAAAAAAAAGGUAGAAAAAUCUAGCAAAUUCUAAAAGUCUCCGUAAAAAUAAAAUACAAUCGGCCACAAUGGAAGCAAAGCGCGAGAGAAAGUCAUCCCUGAAGUGCGAUUUUCAGGCACCACUUUCGCCAUGUCCAAUUCCGGAUAUUACCGAUGACGAUUUGGUGAGCAUUUCGGUAAGGGAUCUUAAUCGGACCCUCAAGAUGCGUGGCCUGAACCGCGAGGAGAUCGUUCGGAUGAAGCAGCGCCGGAGAACCUUAAAGAAUCGCGGAUACGCAGCCAGUUGCCGCAUCAAGAGAAUCGAACAGAAGGACGAGCUGGAGACUAAGAAGUCGUACGAGUGGACGGAACUGGAGCAGAUGCACGAGGACAACGAGCAGGUGCGCCGCGAGGUGUCCAACUGGAAGAACAAGUACAAGGCGCUGCUGCAGUUCGCCAUCCAGAACGAGAUACCCAUUCCCAGCGAGCUGGAGGGCUGCUGAACGAUUGCCCAGUCACAUUCCUGUUUCUGUCAAAAUUACAAUAAACCCAAAACGGAAAAAAACACCUGUAACUAAAGUACAAUAGCUGGCAAAUAUCCUUCCUCAAUAAACGUAAUCUGCUC